GUGAAUUGUAUUUUUCAUGUUGUAUUAGUAAACAAAGUUAGAUUGCUUGAGUUGGUAAAUGAUCAUUUACUUAUAAUUUUAAAGCUAUUGUACUACUGGGGGUAUGGCAUGGGCAGAGUGGCCAAUUGAUCUUUUAGCAUCCUAUUUUGAAAUUUGGAAGAUUAAUUUAUAUCAGGAGAAACUUCCGUUGCUGAACUUUAAAAUCAGUUUUGGUGUUAUUGUUUUUGCAGACACGUCUGGAUCCUUAUCUCUCUAAGUGCUGCCUGCUAUUGUCAUCUAGUUGUAGAAAAUUCUUUAUUGUAGACUGGAGCUGGAAAAGAAAAGGAUAAUAUAUGGAGGUAGACGCAGGAAGAGGUAUGGGAUGCCAGAAGAUUAUGGAUGGGAAGGAGGAGAGUAACAGCAUUGGUUUAGACAUGGCUACUCUCCCUUCUUGUUGCUUGAAAGCUAGGGCUUGUGAUGCAGAGCCUGAAGCCACAGCCCAUUCAACAGUUUGUUCUGGAUGGUUCUCUGAACGGCACUCACCCACUGGUGAAGAUGGAAAGGUAUUGUAUUAUAACAAUCCGAUGUGGCCAGGGGAAGUACAUUCUAUCAAAGUUGAGAAGAUUUUAUUCAAGGAAAGAUCAGAAUACCAGGAGGUUCUUGUGUUUGAGUCUUCUUUAUACGGGAAAGUCCUUGUGCUGGAUGGCAUUGUUCAGCUGACUGACAAAGAUGAAUGUGCAUAUCAGGAAAUGAUAGCUCAUCUCCCCCUCUGUUCAAUUAAAUCCCCCAAAAAUGUUCUUGUUGUUGGCGGUGGUGAUGGGGGAGUACUUAGAGAAAUUUCUCGUCAUUGCUCUGUGGAACAUAUUGACAUUUGUGAGAUAGAUAAAAUGGUUAUAGAUGUUAGCAAAAAAUUCUUUCCAGAGUUAGCUAUUGGCUUUGAGGACCCCAGAGUCAAACUACAUGUUGGUGAUGCUGUGGAAUUUUUAAGGCAAACCCCUGAAGGCAAGUAUGAUGCAAUUAUAGUUGAUUCAUCGGACCCUGUUGGUCCUGCCCAGGAACUGGUAGAAAAACCAUUCUUUGAGACAUUAGCCCGAGCAUUAAGACCAGGCGGUGUGCUUUGCAAUAUGGCUGAGAGUAUGUGGCUUCACACACAUUUGAUUCAGGAUAUGCUUUCUAUUUGCCUUCAAACAUUCAAGGGUUCUGUUCACUAUGCAUGGACUAGCGUCCCUACAUAUCCAAGUGGUGUUAUUGGGUUUGUGUUAUGCUCCACCGAAGGGCCGCCUGUUGACUUUUUGAAUCCGAUCAAUCCCAUUGAAAAGCUUGAGGGAGCGCUCCAAUAUCGUCGGGAACUAAGGUUUUACAACUCUGAGGUUCACAAAGCUGCAUUUGCGUUGCCGUCUUUCGUAAAGCGGGAGGUGAGCUGUCUGCGAGAUGUUCGACCUACAAAUGGUGUAAACUCAGUAGUUUGAUUUUUUCCCGACUAUUUAUUUCCAUGAAUAUUUGGAACUUAUUUGUGAAGACUUGAGAACUAUCACACUUGGAGAAUAAGCAUUUCUAGCAUACAUGAUAUGCUGCAAUUACGCUCUACAUUAAGGAUUUUAUUUAUUUGAAUUAUGUUGGAAGAAAACUAUUGAUG